CCUACCAAACUCGUCAUCUCUAUUCGAUUCAUCAUCCUAUGAGUAUGAAACGUUGAAACCUAACACAACAUAGCUCGAAGGUAAAAAUGGCUUGGAAAAGUUCCUAUACCCUCUUCCAACAACAUUCUCAAUUCACUUGUGCUUCUUCUAGAGCCUUCCUCUCAAUUUUAUUCCCCAAACCAACUUCGCGUACCUGCAUUAUUGAAUCCCACAAAGAAAUGCAUUUAUCCCCUUCUUUUAGUAAGAGGAGGCUCAACCUUACCCUUCUUCCCACAACUUUUCUGUUGGUCAUGUUACCAAACAUGCGUGAUGCACUGUUGUUGGCUCAAGAAUUGGAGCUUCAGAGAUACACGGAUUCUAAGGAAGGUUUCACUCUUCUUAGACCCUCUUCUUGGACAAAGGUUGAUAAAGCAGGGGCAACUGUGUUGUUUCAAGAGGCAAAUAUGGGAAGUAACAAUAUUGGGGUUGUGGUAAACCCGGUUCGUCUUGCAAGUCUUGGAGAGUUUGGGAGUCCUCAAUUUGUAGCUGAUAAGCUUUUACAAGCAGAAAGACGUAAGGAAAGUACAAUGGAGGCCGAGGUGAUUACAGUUGCAGAAAGAUCAGGGGAGGGAGGUUUACAAAUCUAUGAAUUUGAAUAUAAGGUUGAUAGUACUCGGGGAGGGAUGAAGAGGAUCUUUUCUGCAGCAUUUGUGGCCUCAAAGAAGCUCUAUCUUCUAAAUAUUGUUCACUCUGAUAAACCAGAGAGUCCUCUUGACCCGCAUAAAAGAAUGAUUUUAGAGCAAGUUCUUCAUUCCUUUGAUGCAGCAACUUAAACUUUGGCAUGGAAUUUCGGUUCUUCUGAUUUCUUCCCCAUUUCUUGAGUUUUCAUUCCUGAGUUAUGGUCACGGACUUAUGUCCAAAUCUUACUUUGAAAAUUAUCACAAACAAGCAGACUGAAUUUUUUUAGUGCAUAUUGAACUAAUUCCAGUGUACUCUUUAUAUCACUAUAUUUUAACUUAA